GUGCGUGUCUUGUGUAUGCGUGCGUGCGCGAGUGAAGGGGCGGGCGCUCGAAUGCUGGCAAGAUGGCGACACUGAAGGAGGAGCAGAGCUACGGGCUGUCCUGCGGAAGGCUUAGCAAUGGCAAUAACGUGUCUGUCUUUCACGUUAAGCUCACCGACAGCGCCUUCAGGGCCUUUGAGAGCUACCAGAGCAACAAGGGUGUUCUGUCAACUUUCCCUUCAAUCCGAUUUAAUGGCAGCCAGGGGCAAAUUGCAAUUCCAAGGCCAGAAUGUCCAAAUGAAUUGCGAAGAUUCACAUUCUAUUUAUCCAAUGUUGGCAAGGACAACCCCCAAGGGAGCUUCAACUGCAUCCAGCAGUAUGUCUCAAGGUGCAAUGGAGGAGUUCAGCUGGACUGCCUGGGAGACAUACAGGAUAAAAUCACUGUGUGUGCCACAGAUGAUUCAUACCAGAAAGCAAGGCAAAGCAUGGCCCAAGCAGAGGAAGAGACACGGAGCCGUGGAGCGAUAGUAAUCAAGCCUGGAGGCAGAUAUGUUGGUAAAAAGGUGCAAAUCCGUAAACCAGCUCCAGGCAACACAGAUAUUGCUCCUGCUCGACGACAGCCAAGGCCAGUCAAUAUGGCCAGUGCCAUGAAGAAAGGAAGUAAUGCCUCCCUGCAGAGACCUUUUAAGGACAGAGUAAUCCACUUGCUUGCCCUGAAGCCCUAUAGGAAGGCCGAGCUUAUUUUGCGGUUACAGAAAGAUGGACUGCAGCAGCAAGACAAAGACACUUUAGAUAGCCUACUGCAACAGGUGGCAAACCUCAACAGCAGAGAUGGCACCUACACAUUGAAGGACUGUAUUUAUAAAGACAUACAGAAAGACUGGCCAGGCUAUUCCGAAGGGGACCAGCAGCUAUUAAAAAGGAUACUUGUUCGGAAAUUGUGUCAGUCUCAAAAUCCUCUUGGUAAUGUUGGGGAAACCCCAUCUAGCCCACCUAAGGAUAACUUGAACUCCUCUUCCCCUUCACAGAAACGCACCAUCAGUGACUUCAUUGAUCCUUUACUCAAUAAGAAGCCCAGAAUUUCUCAUCUAGCCAGUAAAUCUCAGAACAUUUUUAAUGGCAAGUUAAGUUCUAAUGAGAAGGAGGUUACCCAGCCUCCACUGAAUGUCCAUUCUGUCGUAGCAGAUUCAGGGAGUUCUGGGUCUCAUUUACCUACACUUGAGAUCCCCCGCCCUUAUGACCCACUAUCUGAUGUCAGCAAUGAUUCAAACCCCAAUGGCAAAGACUGUGAAAGCCAGGAAUUGGCAGUAGCUGAGCGACUCUGCCCCCCUCCUCCUAUUUCUGCCCCGACACUAACCCUGACUGCCAUAGGGGUCUCAUCACAGCCAAGUAAAUCAGACUUUUCUAGCUGUUCUUCUUUGCAUGGGAAGUCAAAGAAAAAAUCAAAAAAGCACAAAGAUAAAGAGAAAUCCAAGGAGAAAAAGAUUGAGAACAAAUUUAUAGAGGAAAAGCCAGACUGUGGAACUGUUCCUUGCUCAGAAACUCGGACGGCCGGUAUUCCACAGAGCAGCACAGACCAAAAUGGAAUGUGCAACAGUUCCAGUGUUCCCACGUCAACAUCAGAGAUGCCAGACUAUUUAUUAAAGUACACGGUCAUCUCCUCCCAAGAACAGCGUCAGAGUUAUAAAAAUGACUUCAACGCAGAGUAUAAUGAAUACAGAGAUCUGCAUGCUCGUAUUGAAAGGAUAACAAGACAGUUCACAGUCUUGGAUGCUGAGCUGAGACAGCUGCAGCAAGGGACUGACCAGUACAAGACAGUCCACAAUCAAAUAUUGCAAGAAUAUCGGCAAAUUAAAAAGACAAAUCCAAAUUAUAGCCAGGAGAAGAAUCGCUGUGAAUAUCUACACAAUAAACUGGCACACAUAAAGAGACUCAUAGCAGAAUAUGACCACCAGCAACUUCAGAAUUGGCAUUAGCAUGCAGGAUUCACUGGAAGAGAGUGGGAUGAGCACCCCUUUACACAGACGCCACGGAGACAUAGACUUCAGUAUGGAGCCAGCACUGCUGUGCGUGUGUGUUGUCUGCUUUUUCCCCCUCCCCACUUUCUCUCCCCAUUAAGGGGUAUGAGAUUGAAGUGCAAGUGACAUUGAAGAAUAAAUAGUUUUUCAAUGGGGAACUGAAUUAGUAUUUGUUAUAUGAAUCCCCAGCAGAACAUACACACACACACAUACACCCACUGAGGUGGCUGUGAAUGAUCCAUUUUGGGGGGAAAAAUUGACAGUUUACGUCUACCUUUUUUUUUCGGAAGGAAAACAGUAAGGUACAAUAUGGCUUCUUACCAUGUUUAAAAAUGAUUUGGCAACAGAUUUGGCAAAACUUUAUUUGGUAUUAAGAUUUUAUAUACAUACUCCUUUGUUUAAGUUUUAAUCUUUUUAUGAAAUUUAAAUUUGUAAAGCUUCUGAUGUGGGUUUAUACUGUAUCAUCCCGUUUUUGCAAUUAUUUAUUUUUAUUUAGGGUUGAUGCAGUUAUCAAUGUAUAUACACUCAGUAUUUAAUGAAAAGGAAAAAACACUUAACUAGUGGUCUCCAUGCAGCAUAAACUUCCAGUGACUUUCUUGCCUACCUUAACCCACAGUGUGUUCUUUCACCAAAAGGACAUUUCAGCAUUUCUAUUUAUUAAAGGAUUUCUGAUAGCUAAAAAAAUGUUAAAGUACAUAACCAAGCAUGUCUCCUGUGCAGACUGUAAAUGGUGCUUUGGAUGUUGGAAAUUUGGAUGCAGGAGGGAGUAAAUCCAGUGUUAAUAUUUUCAAGUUUAAAAUAAAUAAGAAAGACUUAUGAUGAACCUUGGAAUUGUAUGGUUUCAUGGUGUUACAGCGGCCAUACAAUUCUUCACCUAAAAUUGAACAAUAUGGGUAGGAGCCAUAAUUAUUUUGUCUCCUGAAGUAGGAGGUGAAGUCAGGAGCUGGUUUAUUUUUCAGGCUGGCUGCUGUUUUUUUUUUUUUUAUUUACACAUGCACACACAAAAAUAUAUAUGUGUAUAAUGCCCUCUACACUCUCGGGUUAUUUGCAGGCAUUUUUGCUACAAUAUUCUUAUUAGUUAGUUUAUAUCCUCUCACCCACAUUUCCUAGGCAGGUACCUGCAGAAUCUUUUCUUGAGAGACCAUUACACUGCCAUUUUGAAAGACUGUGGACUGUGUAAGGAUUUCUGGUGAAUUAAUGUUAGUAGCAAAAUGGUGCUUUGCAAAUAUGAGACCUACACAGAUUUGUUUUACAUUAGGCUUAAAAACCAGUCUGUGUCCACAUCUGUGCCAUUAUCACACAUUCCUAGUACUGUAUAUAAGAAGCACAACACUUUUGAAGGUAAAAUUCUGUUAUAUAUGCCAAACUUUGUAGCAGAAGUACAAACCUUAAUGAGAAGCUAUAAAGAAGUAAGGCUAACACCACAAGUGAUGUCAUUGCAUUAUUUUUAAGACAAUUCUUAAAUCUCAACAAUGUAAACAAUGCACAGAUUUGCUUAAGUUCUUGUCACACAGAUGUGAGCACUGACAGUCAGCAUUCGGAAAUUACAAAACAAUGAAGAGAAUUAUCUGAAAGACUUGAGAAAUGUGAUUGUUAGGCUGGUUGGUUGCUCUAAACAUUUAAAAAUAGAAAUAAUACAAUGCCAACAGUUAUGCUUUGGAUUGCUUAUUGCUUUCUAUAAAACUGGCUGGCUGGAAUCACUGGGAUUUUGCCAAAAAGUCAUAUUGACUGAAGUUUUGAUGUUUACCUACUGACUGAGUAUUCUUGAAAUAAGUGUUGAUGCUUUUUUUUCCCGUAGUUGGAGACAAAGCUGUUUAGUUUUGCGCUCAAAGAUGGAGAUCCGUUCUGUGUUUUUUCAAGUUUUGUCAAUUCUUGCUGCCAAAAUAUGUAGAUUCAGCUACAGGGCUGAAUUUUGUCUUAAGGAAAAAGCAGACCCCAUGUUGUUUUUGUUACAACCCAAAACAGGAGUCUAUUUGUCUAACCAACAACAAUAACAAUAAAUGCACUUUAUUUAAUGUACUUAAAAAAGAUAUGGCUAUGUACUUAACCCCCACCCCCUAAUUUUUAGCCAUUUUUUUAUACUCCAGUGAUCUUCGCUAUUUUUCACUCUGAAGUGCAGACCCCAGUUGUCUUAUGGGUGGACUGAUGUAUUGCCUUGCCAGCAGGCUGCUUUUCUUUGUGCUUCAAAAAACUGGGGUGAUGUACCUUAAGAGAAAUCUUCACUGGCUGGUAUACAUUUAUGUGAUCCAUUUAUUUCUGUUCUGUUCACUGUCCUUUUCUAAGUGCAACAUUGUUUUCUUUAAUUUGAAUCAAAAACCAGCCAUAUCAGAUGUCCCACGGCUUUCCAAAGAGGUCUUAAAAAUUAAAAGCAGUUUGAUUUA